AGAAGGGGACAGAGGAGGAGGGAGCAAAGGAGGAGGAGAGGGGAGAAAGGAAGGGAAGAGAGAGAGGAAAGGAGAAGAAAAAGGGGAAGGAGAAGGCGGAGGGAAAGUGGAGGCAGUGGAGGAGAGAAGAGAGUAGAAAUGUCAUUGGAGGUGGCUCAAAGAUUGCUGAGGAGAUGCGGGCGGAAGCGAAGGCUUCAAGAGACAGAGGUGGGUUGCACAUUGGUAUCGGUAGAGAUGUUUUGAGACGUCUCAACAUCACUUUAUCAGGUGGGUUGCACAUUGGUACUGGUAGAGAAGGUGUAUGGAAGAAAAGGAAGGGAGAAGGAGGGGAGAAUCACUCUCUCACCUUUGGUUACGAUCCCACCGCCCCUCUUCCUCCCAUCAUCCUCUCCCUACUUCCUGCCCCACCCUCCUCUCUGUCUCACCCAAUCCAUGUUAAAUCGUCUCUCACCACACUCACUUUCUUCAUUUCCCCCAACUCAUCACUCCACCCCGACCUUGCUUGUUGUCAGGGCGUCGAUUUGAGCGGGCUGAAGAGGAGGCAGGGAGGAGGUCUGCAGGAAAUGCCAAUCACGGCGCAGGAGAUGGUGCAGGAUUCAGACAGCGAGGACGAGUGGGACGAAGCUGCCGCCGCCUCGUAUGCCGACCGAAAGAGGCCUCGUAUGGACAGCUCAUGUACUCUUCUUGCACCCCUCCCUCGUUCCGUUCCCCUACCCCUCUCUCUACCCCUCCUUGCACCCCUCCCUCUUUCCCCUACCCUUCAUCUACCCUUUCUUGCACCUCUCCCUCUUCCCCCUACCCUCCUCUACCUCUUCUUACGCCCCGUCAUUUCCUGCACAGUGCACACCCCUUACCGCCCUCUUCUAGUGCCCCUCUUUAUCUAUUCUCCCUCGCCCGCCGCGGCAGUUGCUGGGCGAUUGCUGGGCGAGUUUGAGGACGUGUUGGGAGAGGAGAAGGGCAUCAUGCACCGCUGGAUGGCGUUUGUGCGCCGCCACAGGGUAAUUGCAGACAGGCAUGUGCCGUGGGCGUGUGAGGCCUUCGCCAUCACACAUAAGGACUUCCUCUCCUCCUCCCCAUGCACUCGCAUGUGA